AUGAGAAGCACGAAGACUGUCUUUCUGACGUUGUCUGUGGCUCUGUUCCAGCUAGAUAGUCGUUUGCAACUCUAUCCUUUGAUUGUUGCUAUGGACCCACUCUGGUUGUUCUUGGCUCUCUGCUGCCACGGUGUUAUCGCAGCCCGUGUUGCUGAGCAACUACUUGGAUUGCAACAGCGUGAUGAUACGGAAAGAAACUCGCUGUACAUUCUGUGCCCUUUCCCUCGGAAGGAAUGCAGGAAGAGCGACCUUGAGCACAAAGCAUUGGAUGCAAAGAAGGACUUAGAGGAGAGGCUGAAGAAGAAAGGCGUAGUCUAUACCGGAUUGAAUCGCGUUCCCACAACCUUCAAAUCCAUCAAGUACAUCACUGCUGGUGACAAGAUCACGGUGCAGGAACAUGACAGCCUCGUGGUCAUGGGGCACGGUUCAAAAGGAGAUACCAAAGUCGGUAUCUUUGACUACGACCCAAAAGGUGAGAAUCAAUGUGGGCGUCACAGAAAGGACGAUUCGGCCAAGGACAUCAUUGAGCGCCUGAGCUUGCUCGAGGCUGAAAACGCCGACGAAGUUUACUUCUUGGUUUGCUUUGCCAAGAAUAAAGAUCAUCUAGCGCAAGCGUGGCGAAAGCAUGUGAGAGACAAAGGACAUGACCAGCAGGAGGUGUUUGGUUCAACUGAAGCAUGUGUUGGCUUGACUUCGAUGAAGGGGACACGGUUGUGUGAGCCUUUGUCGCCACUAUGA